GGACUGCAGACUUUGCCACUGCCAUUUCUUCGUGUCUCCUCUCACUCGGUCACUGCUCACUGAUAAAAAAAAUCAAAAUAAACACAGAGAAAAUGGCGUGGUGUGCUUUGAAACCCUUUAAUGUCCCAAUAAUGAAGGCCGGAGGAGUGAUUCGUCCACGGGCUCCGCUGGCAAUCGGCUGCGCUUCAGUCGUCGGCACCAGUCUUUGGCGCUCUUCUUCGAACCGAUCAUUCGCUCCUCCCUUGGCCUCAUUAAGCACCGCCACUUCUUCUUCUAAGAAGGAGGCUGUUAAGACUGAGAACGCUCCAGCAGCACUGGGACCAUAUUCUCAAGCAAUCAAGGCCAACAACCUUUUAUUUGUUUCUGGGGUUCUAGGUCUUAUUCCGGAGACUGGGAAGUUCAUCUCUGAUAGUGUUGAGGAUCAGACGGAACAGUUGCUUAAAAAUAUGGGUGAAAUAUUAAAAGCUAGUGGAGCUGACUAUUCCUCUGUUGUAAAGACAACAAUUAUGUUGGCUGACCUGAAGGAUUUCAAAAAAGUGAAUGAAAUCUAUGCAAAAUACUUUCCUGCACCAUUUCCUUCUCGUUCAACAUAUCAGGUAGCAGCAUUGCCAAUGGAUGCCAAGAUUGAAAUUGAGUGCAUAGCCCAACUUCCCUAAAAACUUGGAACUCUAGCCUCAUCUGGGAACUUGCGUAGAUGCCUUCUAAAAGUUUGCUCAAAGUUAAUAAAUUGGUUUGGGAGGGAAAUAAGACAGUUGAAUUGCACUUUUUUGCUUGGCGUUCCUUGAAUGUUUUGCUUCGUCUAAUGUGAUCCUCUUGGUCAAUUAGUGGCCUAGUGGACAAAAUUUAGGGCAAUGGAUAUCCCUUACAAUUUGUGUUAAAACUUUCAGUUUAUAGUAGUGUUUUUAGCCUAUGGAAAUGGAAAUUAAAUGUUUGAGAGAAUCAUUCAAGAUUUUCAGCA